GCCGGCCGGCAAAAGGGAAAAUAUAACCUAACAACGUUGAUCGUUCGAUUGCCAGUAGUCGUGCGAUCGAGCCGUUGAAGACACGUCCCCUCCUACACAACACAAAUUCACCAUGCCGCAAUACGUUUUCUCCUACUUCCCCGUGAAGGCCCUCGGCGAGUGCGUCCGCCUGCUGCUGGCGUACGGAGGCCAGGAGUUUGAAGACAAACGCGUGGCUUUCGAAACCGAAUGGCCUGAAAUGAAGCCAAAGACGGCUUUCGGUCAGCUCCCGAUACUCGAGAUUGACGGCAAGCAGUACGCGCAGAGCGUGGCCAUCAGCCGCUACCUCGGCCGCAAGUACGGUAUCGCUGGCGCUGACGACGAGGAGGCUUUCGAAAUCGACCAGAACAUCGACUUCGUUAACGAUAUCCGCAGCAAGGCCGCUACCGCCCACUACGAGAACGACCCUGAAGUGAAAGCCAAGAAGCAGGAGACCUUAGUCAAGGACGUGUACCCCCUCCUCCUCCCCAAACUCAACGCCAUCAUCGAGAAGAACGACGGACACAUCGCCGCUGGAAAGCUCACAUGGGGAGACUUCUACUUCGCGGGUCUGUUCGACUACCUGAAGGUGAUGCUUCAGAUGCCCGACCUCGAAGCCAAGUACCCCGCCUUCAAGAAGCUCAUCGACAACGUCUACUCCUUGCCCAAGGUCAAGGCCUACGCUGAUGCUGCACCCAAAACUGACUUCUAAGUUUACAGUACUAUAAAGUCCAACUCUGUAUAACCAGCGCUUUUAUCAUCACGCCUUGAAAAGCUGGUUAUUUCAACAUUGAUUUUAAGAUGGAUAGCAUUAGAAUAAAAAUCUGAAUUUAUAAUAUAUCCAGCAGCCACUGUAACUUUAAGUAUUUCAACAAUAUUUUGUUAAUCAAUGUUGUAUGUGUUGAUCACUAGUUAUUAUAGGAGUAUUUUUGUAUCACUAUAAAUACAUUUAAUGAUAUUAUUAAGUCUAUAUUUACGUCACGUGUAACGUUAUAUUUUAAGAAUAAAAUUAAUAUUU